AUGAAGUUUCGUAGAACGAAACGCCGAAAGGUUUCCGAUGAUGAUCUCAUGAUUCCCGAUGAGUCCAAUCUUGCGUCGUCGCAUCUGGAUUUAGAGCCACCAGAGGAAGCAGAUCGAACCCCGGAGUCGCAGGACGAAUCCGAGGGAGAUUUUGAAGGUGACAGUCUUCAGGCUGCACAGGACAAGAUUAUGUCCGAGUUGACCCGGCUCAAGGAUUCUGAUGGCCAGGAGGUUUCUUACCCGUUCAUUGGGAAACCAGACCGGAAUCUGUACCGGGAUUACUAUGAGAUUAUUCAACAUCCCGUGUCCUUACGAAGCAUCCAAAAGAGAGUUCGCGGUACAGACAGUAGGAAGAAUUCAUCCAGAACCACCGCAUAUCCUACGUGGCAGUCCUUUGAAGAAGAGGUCAGCUAUGUAUGGCGAAAUGCUAGGGAAUACAAUGAAGACGACAGCGAUAUCUCUAUUCUCGCAGGGGUUUUGGAGAAUCACUUCCACCGACGCGUUGCCGAAGCCAAAAAGCUUGUUCCGAAUCCCCGUGAGGUAGAUGGAACCCCUGAGAUGUCUCGCAUCAGAUUAAAAGUGGGCACUGCUGUGCCCCUAAUGGCGCAGAGGUUAACCUUGAAACUGCCUGGGCAGAGCUCCGAUACACUAUCCAAAAACGAUGGGCAAUCUUCAGAUGUCACAUUUAAGGACGAAUCCCAAGGCCAUACGCAGGAUAUUCCCGGAGCUGGAUUAGCAGGUAGUAGAACUCCCCGAGGAUGGUCUCUUGGGGGGCAACUUGACAGCCCUAGGUCGAGCACUACAAACACACCAUCUGGCUCAGAGGAACAACAGAACAGUUCUAUGAGCACGCAAGGUUUACUGAGCUCGAUGACCAACGCAACCGCCCUGACGAUGUUCACUUCGCAAAAUCCCCCAAAUGCAUCUGUUGAUGCCUCUUCGAAUGUCACUCGGCAUUCAUCUUCCGCUUCAGCACGUGCUCCCUACAAGCCGCAUUUUGAUUCAUCGCCCAUGGAUUCGCUUCUGAGGCGAUCAGGCCAAGACCCAAGGAUGGCUUUGAUUCGUAACGUUCGGGUUCUUACACAUGCCUCUUUGUCGUUACAACCGGACUUCUGUCUAGAUAUACCGCCUUCGUCGCUUGUUUCUCAACAGAAUAUCACGGUCCAUCUUCCUCCGUCGCAUAGUAUACUGACGGUCAGGCUUCAUUUGGCGGCUAGUACUUCCCAACGACAAGUAAAAAUUGUUACACUCGUGGGUAUGCAGCGUCUUCAUCCAUCUGGCGAUGGAACUACACUUUCGUAUGAUAUCCAUCUGCACCCUGGCAUGACAAAGGUCGACUUGGAAGCUAUUGCUGCGCCGGCCAGAGGGGUCCCAAAGUCAGGCCCCCCUGGGUCAGAUGUUGAUUAUGAACGUGUUACUCUAUUCUUCAAUCUGCUACGUUAA